UACUAUUUGUACAAUCUACUUCUCCCGUGCCUAUAAAUACUGUUCCAAACACUUCAAUAACAUUUAUUGUCAUACUUUGAACAAUAAAAGUUAUAUUUUGUGAAACAUUUAAAGAAAAUGGCUUCGUAUUCUGAUAAAACUACAUCAACUAAUCGAGAUGCUGCGGCCGAACAACUGACCGAAUGGCAUAAAAACAACAAGGAACACAUAGGCUACUCUACUAAUGGCGCUGGAAUCGCUCUGAUAAACAAAGACUGCAGCUUAACAGCGGGCAAAUAUGGGCCAAUCAUCUUAACAGAUUAUGAACUGUGCGAGCAACUUCAAAAAUUCAACAGGGAGAGAAUUCCAGAAAGGGUUGUGCACGCAAAAGGAGCUGGUGCAUUUGGAUAUUUUGAGUGUACUAAGGCGCUUACUGAUUUAACAGUAUCCAAGGUUUUCGAAUCCGUGGGUAAGAAAACUCCCAUAGCAGUGCGUUUUUCUCAAGUAGCAGGAAACUUAGGAUCGGCUGAUACAGUUAGAGAUCCUAGAGGAUUCGCUCUUAAAUUCUACACCGAAGAAGGCAACUGGGACGUGGUAGGUAACAACACUCCAAUUUUUUUCAUGAGGGAUCCGAUCUUGUUUCCCAUGUUCAUUCAUAGCCAAAAGAGAAAUCCUGUAACGAAUCUAAGAGAUUGGGACGCCUUUUGGGACUACUUGGGUCGCAGACCGGAAAGUGUACACCAGGUGUUAUUUCUGUUUAGCGACAGGGGAAUACCUGAUGGCCAUCGCCACCAACACGGAUACGGUUCGCACACGUUUUCGAUGAUUGGAAAAAAUCGAAAAUUGACUUGGGUCAAAUAUAUUUACAAAACCAACCAAGGUAUAAAAAAUUUGGAUCCAGCCACAGCCGACAAACUUGCAGGUACUGAUCCUGACUACGCAGUUAGAGAUUUAUAUAAUGCCAUCGAAGCAGGCAAAAAAACAGGCAAAUAUCCAUCAUGGACGUUUUAUAUUCAAACUAUGACACCUGAACAAGCUACAAAGGUAAAAUUCAAUCCAUUUGAUAUCACCAAAGUAUGGCCACACCAAGAUUUUCCUUUAAUAAAAGUUGGAACCUUUACUUUGAAUAGAAACCCUGGCAAUUGGUUCUCUGAGCUCGAACAACUUGCUUUUGCCCCAAGCAACCUCACCCCAGGAUUUGGAGGUUCUCCCGAUAGAUUGCUGCAAGGUCGUCUGUUUGGUUACCCCGAUGCCCACCUUCACCGCCUUGGAACCAAUUUUGAACAACUACCAGUGAACCGACCAAUCAAAAAGAUUGAAAACUUCGAACGUGACGGACCAGCUUGUCUCUACAAUCAAGGAGGAGCACCUAACUACCAUCCCAACAGCUUUGGAGGUCCCGAAGUAGAUCCAGCAGCUAAAAAUUGGACACAACCACCUGAACAUAUCAGUGGUGACAUAGACUACCAUGAUUUAUCCAAUGACGAUAAUUACUCGCAACCAAACGUUUUUUGGAACAAAGUUUUGGACGAAGCAGCAAAAGGAAGGCUUGUUAAUAACUUAGCUGGUGCCAUUAAAAAUGCUAAGAAAGAAAUACAAGAUCGAGCGGUAGAAGUUUUCAAGAACGUGGAUCCAGUUUUGGGAGAAAGGCUAAUUAAGACAUUAGCUCAAGUAAAAGUUAACCUGUAAAUUAAUAUUUAAUGCAGUGUAACUAAUUAGUGUUGUCGCCAGGGGGUACAACGGCCUCCUUUAUUUAGAUGGACUUAUUAAAGUUUUUUUUACUUUGACGCGUAGAACACGAAUUUUUUGGGUAACAGUUGAUCCGAAUGUCGAUAAAAUUGUUAUAAACAAAGAACUUGCAGAAUUACAUAACAGCGAUUUUUCGCAAAACAAAACAUUUUUUUGUAUUUUUUUGAUUAUUCUAAGCAAAAAAUGUUAUUACAAGUUUUUUCGUAGAAUGCAUAGUUUUCGAUAUAAACGCACUUGAACUUUCAAAAAAUUGAAAAAUUGCAAUUAUUGAACCCGAAUAACUUUUGAUUAAAAAAUAAAAUAGCAAUUCUGCUUACCGCAUUUAAAAGUUCAAGUCAAAUUAUACGGGUUUUGAUUAUUUGCAUUGCUAAAAAUUAUUUUUUUAGUUAAACAAAGCUAUAAACAAAUUGUGUUUGAGAGUUUUGACGCGUGCCCAAUGCAUGCGUUUUAAAUCAUGCUACGUAGAAAUUGCCUGUUUGCUGGCGCUUGCACUUGUAUCUACUCGUUCGAUUUUAAAUGAGAAAUGCAUUGAAAACAUCACUCAAGCACUAUGUGUUUAUAACUUUGUUUAACAAUAAAAAAAAUUAAUUUUUAGCAACGCAAAUAAUCAAAAUCGGUAUAAUUUGACCUGAACAUUCAAAUGCUGCAAGCAGAAUUGCUAUUUUAUUUUUUAGUCAAAAGUUAUUCGGGUUCAAAAAUUGCAAUUUUUCGAUUUUUUGAAAGUUUAACCGCGUUUAUCUCGAAAACUAAGCAUCCUACGAAAAAACUUGUAAGAAUAUUUUUUCCUUAGAAUGAACCAAAAAAUACAAAAAAAUGUUUUGUUUUGAGAAAAGUUGCUAUUAUGUAAUUCUACAAGUUCUUUGUUUAUAACAAUCUUAUCGACAUUCGCAUCAACUGUUACCCAAAAAAUUCGUGUUCUACGGGACAAAAUACAUAAAAAAACUUGGGAAAGUCCAUCUAAAUAAGGGAGGUCGUUGUACCCCCCCCCCCUGCGACACUAAAUUGGCACAUUAACAUGAUUAAAAAAUAAACAAUAUGCUUAUUA